AUGGCUAACCCUAAACCAGCAGCUUGCUCUGGCGGCGACAGGGGCGAUAAGGCCCGCGGCGGCGCCGGCGGCGGCCGCGGAGGAUGCGAUGGCUGCGGCCUUCGGCGCCUGCAGCGCAGGGGCGGUGGGGGACCCGACGGCCACGGCAGGGGCUGUGACGGCCGCGACGGCGGGCCCUAUGGCGCGGGCUGCGCCGACGACGCCGGGGGCUGCGACCUCCCCGGCACGGGCUGGGACGACGGCGCCGCGGGCGAUGCUGCCUGCAGCCGCUGCGACGGCAGAGGCAGUGCGGCAUGCGACGGUGGCGAUGCGUCCCCCGGCAGCAGGACGGCCUGCGGUGGCGGCGAUGCGACCCACGGCAGCGGCGGUGGCGAUUCAACAGGCAGUGGGGAGUAG